GAAAUCAGUCUAAAAAUGAACAAAGGAGUAAUGAGACUCCUAUUGAUACUAUUGUGUUAUUUCUUACUGAGAACAUAUGGAUCAGCAUCUAGCACCUGUCCUAGUGGCAGGGUUAAAGUUCAGGGGAGAAAACAGUUCAAUGUGAUCCCAGGAUCCCCGCCAGUGCACCUUGGUUGUAAACAGGAUUCGAAAAUGUUGCAAGAUGACAAAGGAGCCAACUAUUGUUUAGCUAGAAAUCCAAAUCCACAAAAAUUAACAAAAGUUCAAUGUCAGAAUUUGCCAGAAAGCUGUUCUAAUGAGUGUGGAAGGGAGAACUCUCCUAUGGUAAUAAACAGAAUUCAAGGGGGAAAUUACACAUCAUCUCACAGAUAUCCCUGGAUGGCUUCUUUGCAAGAAAAAAACGGCAGCCAGAUUUGUUCAGCUUCAAUAAUAUCUCCAAGAGCUAUAUUGACUGCUGCUCAUUGUUUUGAUCCCCCAGUUCCUACCGAUGUAUAUGCAGUUGUUGGUAUCAAUGAUUUGGUCCAUGAAAAGCAGGAAGGGCAAAGAGUGAAAAUAAAGAAACAUAUCAUUCACCCUAAUUAUAACAAACAUAAUGGUGGUCUAUCUCUUUUUGAAUAUGACAUUGCUAUAGUAAUAACUGAAAAUAUUGAAUUUAAUCAAAAUGUUGGACCAAUAUGCCUGCCUCAGAAAGAAACUGCUAUUAAUGAAGGAGAAGAGGCUCUAAUACUAGGCUGGGGGAAAGAUGAAGAUCUUAGUAAAGUACUAACUGAUAACAAAAUAAUUACAAAACCGCAGCUGGAUCCAGUAGAGUUUAUGUUAAACUCACUUCAAGUUAACACAACAAGUGGAAUGAUUGAUUCCAAGAAAGAAGAAGAGUUUCUGAAAAAGCUGUUUUUAAAGUUUAAAGAGAUGUACCCAAACUUUGAAAAGGUCUAUGAUCAAAAAAUGAACUUCUUGAAACCUGCCGGCAUAAGCAAUGCAAGUAAAAAUGAACUAACAUUACAAAUGCAAGUGCUUCUGAAACCUAAACUAGAAGAAAAAAUUGAAGAAUCUGUAUACAAACGAAGAAUUUUUUCUUUUGUUCUUGAGGAUGCUGCAAAAAUAUUUAGGGAAGUGCUCUUAGCUCCAGAUAAUACAGAAAAUAUUGAAUUAAAAAAUAUAUGUUCCAAGUGCAACAAAAAUUGGAACUGGAUUUUUAACUAUAUAGAGGAAAGCAAAAACUGGAUGUCUCCCUAUUCUACUAACAGGCUAAAAGAAGCUCAAUCAUACUUGAUGUCCAAGGAUGAAUGCACAAAAAAAAUCAAGCAGUAUAAUUUAAACAGUUUUCAAGCUAAAAGUAAUAUAUCCAUUGAAAACCCAUCUAUGAUGUGUAUAAAGCCGAGUACUGGAAGUGCAUGUCCUGGAAACUCCGGAAGUCCUUCUGCUGUUAAGAUAGACAACAAGUUUGUUCAAGUUGGAGUAACAAGUGCUGCACUGCCUGGCAAUUAUAAGCUUCCUAUACCUUGUAAAUGUGGUUGUGAGGAUGAAGAUGGUCGUAAACCUAAUCUUCAUCAACGUGUUAGUAUCUGCAUGGUCUGGAUCAUUCAACAGUUGGAGAAUUAUGAUGCAAAUCCUUGUAAAUUAAAUUAUCUAUAAUUUUUGGACCCAUCUAAAUAAAUAAAUAAAUAAAUAAAUAAAUAGAG